UGAAAUAACAAUUUCUCAAAAAAAAAAAAAAAAAAUUGAAAUAGUUCACUCAAAAGAAAAUUUAUCUGCACUUGCUAGUUUAUUUUUUUAGUGUUUGAUUCAAAUAAAAAAAUGUCUAAUUUUUAUCAAAUAAUUUUCGGAUUUCUUGCUACCAUGGCCUUUAUUACCAUGGUAGAUGCUUGGAUAAAUGCUCAUGCAACUUUUUAUCAUGAUCCUGAGAAGGGUGCUUGUGGUUACGAUACAUCAAAGGAAGGCUAUGGAUUAGAAACAACAGCACUAAGCACAGUCUUAUUUGACAAGGGUGCAACUUGUGGAGCAUGUUUUGAAAUUCAAUGUGAAGGCUCAAAAUGGUGUAAACCAGGCGCAGGCACAAUCAAAGUCACCGCCACCAACUUUUGUCCACCGUCGAAUGGUCCGGCGGCAUGGUGUAAUCCACCGUAUAAACACUUCGACCUAACUCUACCCAUGUUUCUCAAAAUCGCGGUAUACCAGGCUGGUAUAGUACCCGUACAAUACAGGAGAAUUCGUUGUAUUAAGCAAGGGGGUGUCAAGUUUCUUAUAAAUGGGAAUCCUUAUUUUCUCCUAGUACUAGUCUUCGAUGUUGCAGGUGCCGGAGAUGUUACAAACAUGAAGAUCAAGGGUUCGGACAACAAAUGGGUACCAAUGAAACGAAAUUGGGGCAUGAAUUGGCAAGUUGGUUAUGAAGAUUGGGUCAGUAAUGAAUCCUUGUCGUUCCAAGUGACUACUAGUGAUGGAAAAACAUUAAAGUUUAUUAAUGUUGUGCCACCAAAUUGGAAAUUUGGUAUGACAUUUGAAGGGAAGUCUAAUUUUUAAGAGGAUGUGAUUGAGGAUUUUAUUUUUGGGACACGACGUAAAGAAACAUAAAAGUUAAAAGUUACAUUACGGCCGCAAACAUUAAGAGACGGAAGGAUAUAAAAAACAAUACGGAGUAUAUGCAAAACUGAAACUGCCGUCCUUUUAAAAAAAAAGUUGUUGAAUAGUCUAGCCAAUUCAACUCAAUGUCCCGCAAGGAUGAACCUUGAAGCACACUAAAAAUGUUCGUUUGAACUUUAUUUUCCAUGUAUGUAUGAACCUCAAACUUUUAAGUAGGAGUUCAAUAAUAUUCAUCCACUCGGAUUUUUUUUCUUCUCGAUCGUUUAUUUAUUAUUCAAAUUAAAGUUGUUUGUUUUA